GGAGAGAGAAAGAUGUGAGAAAUUAUAUAAAAGAUGGUAUGAAAAAAAAAUCCAACAGUUCUGGAGCUGUACCUGUAGACCUCUCUCACCAUGGAGUGGAGAGCAUCCACGGUCUCCGUACUGCUUCUGGCACUUACCGGCAUUCAGGUUAAUUCAACCAUGGUCUAUCCCAGUAACCAUGUCAACAGCAUCUGCAGCAUGUGGGGAGACUUCCACUUCAAGACGUUCGAUGGAGACGUGUACCAGUUCCCAGGCAUGUGCGAGUAUAACCUGGUGUCUGACUGCCAAAGCCUCAUUCACCAGUUCUCGGUUCACGUGAAGAGAACAGAAAACAGCACUGGGCCGAAGAUCAGCAGGGUGUUGAUUACCAUCAAUGACAUCGGUGUUGAGUUGACAGAGAAACAGGUCCUAGUCAAUGAAGAAAAAGUAAAGCUGCCGGUGCAACUCGCAGGGAUUCUUGUGGAAGAGAACACAAUUUACACCAGACUCUAUUCCAAAAUGGGCAUCACUGUCAAGUGGAAUAAAAAUGAUGCUGUUAUGGUGGAACUCGACUCCAAAUAUUCCAAUCGCACUUGUGGGCUGUGUGGCGAUUUCAAUGGCGUCCCAGUGUAUAACGAGUUCAUUGACUCCGGACGGAGGAUUGGCUAUGUUGAGUUUGGUAAUAAGCACAGAGUUCGCAACCCAAUGCAUGCCUGCGAAGAUCCUUUUGAAAACGUAGAUGAGAAAAAUGUGGUCAACAAAUGUGAAAAAGUUCAGACAGAUUGUGCUGACCUUUUGAAGGAUGAGAAAUGGUCUUCCUGUCGCUGGGUUUUGAACCCUGAGCCGUAUAUCAAGGCCUGUACGAAUGAUAUUUGCUCACGUCAAACUAAAGAUAAAGACAGCAAAACCUCUGCGAUCUGUGCGUCUCUGUCUGAAUAUUCACGUCUGUGCUCUCACGCUGGAGGAGCUCCGCCGAACUGGAGAACGGCAGCAUUCUGUGCUGUGACAUGUCCCUACAAUAUGGUACAUUCUGAAAGCGGCUCCCCCUGUAUGGACACAUGCUCACACCAAAACACAAACUCACUAUGUGAGGAACACAACACUGAUGGCUGCUUCUGUCCGCCAGGAACUGUGUUUGAUGACAUUUCAAACAAAGGCUGCAUCCCAUCAGAAAGGUGUAAGUGCAAGCAUGACCACAUCUACAACACAGGAGAGAUCCUACACAAAGAUGAGGGAGAAUGUGUAUGUGAGGAGGGAGAAUGGGUCUGUACGAGUAUCCCCCGUCCUGGCCUGUGCUCUUUAGAGGAAGGAUCUCACUUCACCACCUUUGACGGGAAAGAAUUCACUUUCAAUGGAGAUUGUCACUAUGUGCUUUCAAAAGACUGUAACCAGACCAAGUUCAGCAUACUGGGGGAGAUUGCUCCUUGUUAUACUCGUCAAACUGAUACCUGUUUAAAGUCUGUUGUGGUGCUGUUUUACAACGACCUUAAAAUUCCUCUGAUUAUUAAAGCUGAUGGGUCAGUACAGCACAACGCAGAUAUUUUACUUCCUUACAUUACAGCUGACUUCACGGUUUUCAUGCCGUCAUCGUUUCACGUCAUGCUUCAGACCACCUUUGGGCUGCAGGUUCAGAUUCAGCUAGUGCCUCUCAUGCAGGUGUACAUCACUGUGGACCAAAGCCUCCAGGGCAAGACUUGUGGUCUUUGUGGAAAUUUUAACAAAGUGCUGUCAGAUGAUCUGAAGACCCCUCAGGGAGUGGUGGAGGGUACGCCGGUUUCCUUCGCAAACUCCUGGAAGUCCUCGUUCAACUGCCCCGACCGUACUGAGAGAAUGGACGACCCCUGUUCCUACAGCAGUGACAGCGAGAACUUUGCCCAGCACUGGUGUUCCAAGAUGCAGGACAAGGAAAGCCUCUUUGCCAAAUGUCACACCACUGUCAAUCCAGAGAGCUACUACAAGAGAUGCAAAUACUCCAGCUGUAGCUGUGAGAAGAGUGAGGACUGUCUGUGUGCGGUGGUCUCCUCAUACGUCCGCGCCUGUGCGGCUAAAGGAAUAUCCCUCCAAGGCUGGCGAAAAAUUGUGUGCGAGAAGUAUACAAAGAAUUGCCCAGCCUCGCAGAACUACUCCUAUCAGCUGCAGACCUGUCAGCGUACCUGUCUUUCUCUCGCCUCGGAGCGCCAAAGCUGCAGUGUUGACUUCGUGCCUGUUGAUGGAUGCGCAUGUCCAGACGGACUCUACCAAGAUGAGAAUGGACUGUGUGUACCAAGCGAAAAAUGUCCAUGUUUCCAUACCGGACAGAAAAUUAAUCCCGGCAAGUCGAUCACCGUUAGGGACGAACACUGUAUUUGUAUAAAAGGAAAACUCCACUGUCAUUCCUGGAAAAACCAAACUCAGGUAUGUUCCUCGCCGAAGGUUUUCUUCAACUGCAGUACAGCGGCCCCAGAUGAAUAUGGGUUGGAGUGUGCAAAGACUUGUUCACAACAGAAAGUUGACUGUUUCUCAGAGCACUGUCAGUCUGGCUGCCAGUGUCCUUCAGGUCUGUUGGAUGAUGGCAUAGGACAUUGUGUUAAGCCGGAUAACUGCCCGUGUAAACAUAAUGGACAGUUUUAUAAACAAGGAUCUACGAUAACCACAGAUUGCAAUAAAUGCACUUGCCAAGGGGGGAAAUGGAAAUGCACACAUUACAAGUGUCCAGGAAUAUGCACCAUAUAUGGCAGCGGACAUUACAGAACCUUUGAUCAGCAAAGAUUUGGUUUCAGUGGAGGCUGCAGUUAUAUUGCUGCUCAGAACAAUUGUGGAAAUAAAACUGGCAAUUUUUACGUGAUCACUGAGAAUAUGCCUUGUGGAACAACAGGAACCACAUGUUCAAAGGCUGUUAAAAUACUUUUGGGGAGGACUAUGCUGCUGCUUUCUGGUGGGACUGUGACAGCCACUGAUACUAAAAGUGGUCCAGAGAUCAGGUACACUGAGAGAAACUUUGGCAUGUACCUUGUCAUUGAUGCUAACAUCGGACUGACAAUUUUGUGGGACCGCAAAACCACCGUCCGCAUUAUUCUGCAACCUCAGCACAUGGACAAUGUAUGUGGCCUGUGUGGAAAUUUCAAUGGAGAUGCAAAAGAUGACUUUACCACUCAGGGAAAUUUGCCAACUACAAAUGCAAUGGAGUUUGUGGACAGCUGGAAAGUGUUAAGUAGUUGCCCAGAUGCAAAACCAGACUUUAACCCAUGCGUUGAGACCCCAAAUCGAGAGAACUGGGCAAAAAUACAAUGUAGCAUCAUCAAAGAUAUCAAGGGACCAUUCAAAGCCUGUCAUAACAAGGUGGAUCAAAACCCAUAUUAUGAUAACUGUGUGAAGGACUCAUGUGCAUGUGACACAGGUGGAGACUGUGAGUGCCUCUGUACAGCUGUGGCAGCUUAUGCUCAAGCCUGCAAUGAGGCAGACGUUUGUGUGAACUGGAGAACACCUGAGAUCUGCCCUGUGUACUGUGACUACUACAAUACCGGAACAGACGAUUGCACAUGGCAUUACAGUCCUUGUCAUACAUCUUGCUACAAAACCUGUCUCAACCCUAAUGCUACCUGCGACAACAAUUUACCCAACCUUGAAGGAUGUUAUCCAAAAUGUCCAGAGGAUAAGCCUAUUUUUGAUGAGAAAAAUCAGAUCUGUGUAGCGGAAUGUAUACCAACACCGACACCAACACCUAGCACAUCGUCUUUCCCUCCAACAACCACUACAACAAAGCCUACUACAACAACAACAAAACCUAGCACAUCAUCUUUCCCUACGCCAACAACUACAACAAAGCCUACUACAACAACAACAAAACCUAGCACAUCAUCUUUCCCUACGCCAACAACUACAACAAAGCCUACUACAACAACACCAACAAAGCCUACUACAACAACACCAAAACCUACCACACCAUCUUCCCCUAUAACAACAACUAUCACAUCAACUAGGUCUACGACAUCCUGUAUUAUAUGUGGGUGGUCUGAAUGGUUUAAUGUAUAUAAUCCUGAUUUAGAAGGAGGGAAUGACUUUGAGACUUAUAAAAACAUUGCAGAACGUGGAAAAGAAAUCUGUAAAGAGCCAAUAGGUGUCGAAUGUAGGUCUGUAAAAAACUCUAAUAUGAGCUUUGACGAUUUUAUUAAUAAGUCAAAACAAGUUGCCCAGUGCAAUGUUUCAUAUGGAUUGGAGUGUAAGAGAGAUCAACAGAAAGACCGCCCUUUUAAAUGCUUUGAUUAUGAAAUACGUGUCUACUGCUGUAUUCCUUGCUCACCUACCACUACACCGACAGCUACCACAAAGUCUACUACAACACCAAAACCUACUACACCAUCUUCCCCUACACCGACAGCUACCACAAAGUCUUCUACAACAACACCAAAACAUACCACACCAUCUUCUCCUACACCGACAACUACAACAAAGCCUCCUACAACAACACCAAAACCUAGCACAUCAUCUUUCCCUACACCAACAACUACAACAAAGCAUACUACAACAACAUCAAAACCUACCACACCAUCUUCCCCUAUAACAACAACUAUCACAUUUACAUCAACAUCAACUAAGUCUACGACAUCCUGUAGUAUAUGUGGAUGGUCUGACUGGUUUAAUGUAUAUAAUCCUGAUUUAGAAGGAGGGAAUGACUUGGAGACUUAUAAAAACAUUGCAGAACGUGGAAAAGAAAUCUGUAAAGAGCCAAUAGGUGUCGAAUGUAGGUCUGUAAAAAACUCUAAUAUGAGCUUUGAAGAUUUUAUUAAUAAGUCAAAACAAGUUGCCCAGUGCAAUGUUUCAUAUGGAUUGGAGUGUAAGAAAGAUCAACAGAAAGAUCGCCCUUUUAAAUGCUUUGAUUAUGAAAUACGUGUCUACUGCUGUAUUCCUUGCUCACCUACCACUACACUGACAGCUACCACAAAGUCUACUACAACACCAAAACCUACUACACCAUCUUCCCCUACACCGACAACUACCACAAAGUCUUCUACAACAACACCAAAACUUAACACACCAUCUUCCCCUACACCGACAACUACCACAAAGUCUUCUACAACAACACCAAAACUUAACACACCAUCUUCUCCUACACCGACAACUACAACAAAGUCUACUACAACAACACCAAAACCUACCAAACCAUCUUCCCCUACACCAACAACUACAACAAAGUCUACCACAACAAUAUCAGAACCUACCACACCAUCUACCCCUACAUCAACAACUACCACAAAGUCUACUACAACACCAAUUCAUCCCACACCAUCUACCCCUACACCAACAGCUACCACAAAGACUACUACAACACCAAAACAUACCACACCAUCUUCCCCUACACCGACAACUACAACAAAGUCGACUACAACAACGGAAAAACCUACUACACCAUCUACCCGCACAACAACACCAAAACCUACCAUACUACCUUCCCCUACACCAACAACUACAACAAAGUCUACUACAACACCAAAAGCUACUACACCAUCUACCCCUACAUCGACAGCUACCACAGAGUCUAUUGCAACAUCAAAAUCUACUACAUCAUCUUCCCCUACACCGACAACCACCACAAAGUCUACUACUACAACACCAAAACAUACCACAGCAUCUUCCCCUACACCAACAACCACCACAAAGUCUACUACUACAACACCAAAACAUACCACGCCAUCUUCCCCUACACCAACAGCUACCACAACAUCACCCAAACCUACCACACCAUCUACCCCCACAUCAACAGCUUCCACUAAGUCUACUACAACAACACCAAAACCUACUACACCAUCUUCCCCUACACCGACAACUACUACAAAGUCUACUACUACAACACUGAAACCCACCACACCAUCUACCCCGAUAACAACACAAAAACCUACCACACCAUCUUCUCCUACACCGACAAUAACACCAAAACCUACUACACCAUCUUCUCCUACACCGACAACUACAACAAAGUCUACUACAACUACACCAAAACCUACCACACCAUCUACCCCUACACCAACAGCUACCACAAAGACUACUACAACACCAAAACAUACCACACCAUCUUCCCCUACACCGACAACUACAACAAAGUCGACUACAACAACAGAAAAACCUACUACACCAUCUACCCGCACAACAACACCAAAACCUACCACACCAUCUUCUCCUACACCGACAACAACACCAAAACCUACCACACCAUCUUCUCCUACACCGACAACUACAACAAAGUCUACUACAACUACACCAAAACCUACCACACUAUCUACCCCUACACCAACAGCUACCACAAAGACUACUACAACACCAAAACAUACCACACCAUCUUCCCCUACACCAACAACUACAACAAAGUAUACUACAACACCAAAAGCUACUACACCAUCUACCCCUACAUCGACAGCUACCACAGAGUCUAUUGCAACAACAUCAAAACAUACCACAGCAUCUUCCCCUACACCAACAACCACCACAGAGUCUACUACUACAACACCAAAACAUACCACGCCAUCUUCCCCUACACCAACAGCUACCACAACAUCACCCAAACCUACCACACCAUCUACCCCCACAUCAACAGCUUCCACAAAGUCUACUACAACAACACCAAAACCUACUACACCAUCUUCCCCUACACCAACAACUACUACAAAGUCUACUUCAACAACCAUACCAUCUUCCACUGCACAGACCACAAAGUCUAUUACAACACAGACAGCUACCACACCAUCUAUCCCAACAUCAACAAUUACAAUAAAGUCUACUACAACAACAACACCAAAACCUACCACACCAUCUACCCCUACAUCGACAGCUACAACAAAGUCUACUACAACAACACCCCCAACACCAAAAUAUACCACAUCAACUUUCCCCACACCGACAACUACAACAAAAUCUACUACAACACCAAAACUUACCACACCAUCUAGCCCUACACCAAUAAUUACUACAAAGACUACUUCAACAACCAUACCAUCUUCCACUGCACAGAUCACAAAGUCUAUUACAACACAGACAGCUACCACACCAUCUACCCCAACAUCAACAAUUACAAUAAAGUCUACUACAAGAACAACACCAAAACCUACCACUUCAUCUACCCCUACAUUGACAGCUACCACAAAGUCUAUUACAACAACACCAAAAUCUACUACACCAUCUUCCCCUAUAUCGACAGCUACCACAAAAUCUACUUCAACAACACCAAAACCUACCACACCAUCUACCCCCACAUCAACAGCUUCCACAAAGUCUACUACAACAACACCAAAACCUACCACACCAUCUACCCCCACACCAACAGCUUCCACGAAGUCUACUACAACACCCCCAACACCAAAAUAUACCACACCAACUUUCCCUACACCGACAACUACAACAAAAUCUACUACAACACCAAAACUUACCACACAAUCUAGCCCUACACCAACAAUUACUACAAAGACUACUUCAACAACCAUACCAUCUUCCACUGCACAGACCACAAAGUCUAUUACAACACAGACAGCUACCACACCAUCUAUCCCAACAUCAACAAUUACAAUAAAGUCUACUACAACAACAACACCAAAACCUACCACACCAUCUACCCCUACAUCGACAGCUACAACAAAGUCUACUACAACAACACCCCCAACACCAAAAUAUACCACACCAACUUUCCCUACACCGACAACUACAACAAAAUCUACUACAACACCAAAACUUACCACACCAUCUAGCCCUACACCAACAAUUACUACAAAGACUACUUCAACAACCAUACCAUCUUCCACUGCACAGACCACAAAGUCUUUUACAACACAGACAGCUACCACACCAUCUACCCCAACAUCAACAAUUACAAUAAAGUCUACUACAACAACAACACCAAAACCUACCACGUCAUCUACCCCUACAUUGACAGCUACCACAAAGUCUAUUACAACAACACCAAAAUCUACUACACCAUCUUCCCCUAUAUCGACAGCUACCACAAAAUCUACUUCAACAACACCAAAACCUACCACACCAUCUACCCCCACAUCAACAGCUUCCACAAAGUCUACUACAACAACACCAAAACCUACUACACCAUCUUCCCCUACACUGACAACUACUACAAAGUCUACUACUACAACACCGAAACCCACCACACCAUCUACCCUGACAACAACACCAUCUUCUCCUACACCGACAACAACACCAAAACCUACCACACCAUCUUCUCCUACACCGACAACUACAACAAAGUCUACUACAGGAACACCCAAGCCUACUACACCAUCUUCCCCUACACCAAAAGCUACCACAAAGUCUACUACAACAACACCAAAUCCUACCACACCAUCUUCUCCUACACCAACAACUACAACAAAGUCUACAACUAAAACAACGUCAAAGAUUACGACACCAUCUACCCCUACACCGACACCUACCACAAAGUCUACUACAGGGACACCCAAACCUAAUACACCAUCUUCCCCUACACCAACGGCUAUCACAAAGUCUACUACAACAACACCAAAUCCUACCACAUCAUCCAGCCCUACACCAAAAGCUACCACAAAGUCUACUACAACACAAAAUCCUACAAUACUACCUUCCCCUACACCGACAACUACAACAAAGUCUACUACAACAACACCAAAAGCUACCACACCAUCUAACCAUACAUCGACAGCUACCACAAAGUCUACUUCAACGACAUCAAAACCUACCAUGCCAUCUUCCCCUACACCAACAGCUACCACAACAUCACCCAAACCUACCACACCAUCUACCCCCACACCAACAGCUUCCACGAAGUUUACUACAACAACACCAAAACCUACUACACCAUCUUCCCCUACACCGACAACUGCUACAAAGUCUACUACAACAACACCGAAACCCACCACACCAUCUACCCCGGCAACAACACCAAAACCUACUACACCAUCUUCUCCUACACCGAAAAUUACAACAAAGUCUACUCCAACAACAACAACUAAGACCACAACACCCACUACCCCUAAACACACACCUACCACAAAGUCGACUACAGCUACCACAACAUCACCCAAACCUACUACACCAAAGUCUACUACAACAACAACACCAAAACCUACCACACCAUCUACCCCUACAUCGACAGCUACCACAAAGUCUACUUCAACAACACCAAAACCUACCACACCAUCUACUCCCACACCGACAGCUUCCACGAAGUCUACUACAACAACACCAAAUCCUACCACAUCAUCUAGCCCUACACCAACAGCUACCACAACGUCUACUACAACACAAAAACCUACAAUACUACCUUCCCCUACACCGACAACAAAGUCUACUACAACAACAACAAAAGCUACCACACCAUCUUCCCCUACAUCGACAAGUACAACAAAGUCUAUUACAACAUCAAAACCUACCACACCAUCUUCAUCCACAACGUCAGCCACCACAAGGUCUACAACAACAACAACACCAAAGCCUACAACACCAUCUACCCCUACACUGACAGCUACCACAAAGUCUACUACAACAACAUCAAAACCUACAAUACCAUCUUCCCCUACACCUACAAGUACAAUAAAGUCUACUAUAACAACACCAAAACCUACCACACCAUCUACCCCGACAACAAAACCAGGACAUACCACAUCAACUAGCUCUAUAUCGACAACUACAGCAACUCCACCAGACUGUCCAGAAUGGGCCAAAAAUACCAAUGAGACCUUCUACUUGUGUAAAUGCAUGAUGGCUAGGUGCAUAAAAGACAACAACAUCGAAGUUAUCCCAUUUCAAUGCCCUCCACUGCAGAACAUCACCUGUGAAAAUGGCAAAAAACCAGUGCUUGUCGAGGAUGAGUACGGCUGCUGCAAAUAUUAUGCAUGUGACUGUUUUUGUGAAGGCUGGGGUGACCCGCAUUACAAAACAUUUGAUGGAAAAUUCUACAGUCAUCAAGGAAACUGCACUUAUACCUUAAUGGAGGAAAUUAGGCCUCAAACACAUUUGAAGAUCUACAUUGACAGUGUCUACUGCGACCUUGUUGAGCGUGUAUCCUGUCCCAGAUCUAUAAUUGUGUCUUACAACAAACUAGUCAUAAAACUCACAAAUCACAAUCUAUUAGGAGGUGCAGACCUAGAGGCUUUUGAGAACAAUGUAAAGUUACGGCUGCCAUAUGCUUAUAAUGGUGUGAGAGUUGUAAGCUCAAGCCUAGACUUGUUCUUGAGUAUUCCAUUGCUGGGUGUUAAUAUAUCAUUUGGAGCUACUGGCUUUGGCAUCAAUUUGCCAUUCCAGCAUUUUGGAAACAACACACAAGGUCAUUGUGGAACAUGUAACAACAACAAGGCUGAUGACUGCAUGAUCCCUGGAGGGAUCUUGGUGGACGACUGUGCAGUGAUGGCAGAUUACUGGCCAGCCAGUGGUGUGAAUGGGGAAGUUUGCACUCCACCAUCUGCAUUACCUUCUGUUCCAGUUAAAAACAAACUUCCAUCUAAGCAAUGCAAGGCUCAUCCUGACUGCUACCUCCUUAAUAACGAGUUGUUCAAAGCGUGCCAUUCCCAUAUACCUCCACAAAACUUCAUUUUAUCAUGUCAGUAUGACAGUUGUCAUAUGGGAAACCCUGCCGUGGUGUGUAUCAGUCUGCAGACAUAUGCCAGGGCUUGCCUUCAAUUAGGGAUCUGCAUAAACUGGAGGAACUACACUAAACUUUGCAAUAUUGAAUGUCCAGCAGAUAAAGUCUUCAAUCCUUGUGGUCCAGCUGAGCCACCAACCUGUGCUGAUAUACCUGAACAAAAAAACAUUAAAAUGCGCACGGAGGGAUGCUUCUGUCCUGAGGGCACAUUACUCUUCAACAAGAACACAAAAGUUUGUGUGAACAAAUGCGGAUGCCUGGAUUCCUCUAAAAUACCACGUGAUUUUGGUGAGGUAUUCGAGUACAACUGUGAGGAGUGUAUCUGUGAAAAGAACAGCAAAUCAGUGAGCUGUAAGCCCAAAGCGUGUCUCGAUGUCAGCACUGAGAUCUGCACUGAACCUGGCUUUGUUCUGGUCAACGUCACCAAUCCUUCAGACCCAUGCUGCAGUAAACAAGUUUGCAACUGUGAUGUCAGCAUGUGCCCACCUAUGGAUAAAAAGUGCCCAAUUGGACAUAACCCAGUCGUGAAAGUGCCAGAUGGAAAAUGCUGUCCAGAAAUCAAAUGCGAGCCAAAGAAAGUGUGCGUCUACAAAAAUAUGGUAUAUGAGCCUGGUACCAAUAUCCCCAAAGAUGGCUGUCAGGAAUGCAGAUGUACUUUGGACGUGGAUCCUAAAACGCAAUUGUUCAUGACCAAAUGUCAAUCUGUGAAGUGCAUUGAGAAAUGUGAUCCUGGUUAUGAAAACAUUAAAAAGAAGCCUGAUGACUGCUGUGGAGAAUGUGUGAAAACUCAUUGCAUUGUCAGUAUUAAUGGCGUCGAUCAUACAUUAAAGGAAGGUGAAACUUUUCCCUCUACAAAUCAAGGCUGUGACAGAAUCACGUGUACUAAAAUUAAUGGACAGUUCAUCACCAACAAAUACACAGUCCAGUGCCCUCCUUUCAACAUUUCCAACUGCCAGCCUGGCACUGUUCAGCUGUCGUCUGAUGGAUGCUGUAAUGUUUGUGUUGACCAAAUUAAGGGAUGUCGAGUACAGACCGUACGCAAAUACAUACAACAAAAAGACUGUGUGUCAGAGAAGAAAAUGGACCUGACAUUUUGUAGUGGAGACUGUUCCAGUUUUGGCAGGUACAGUGAACCUGAAUUAUCCUCUUGUACCUGUUGCCAGGCCACUCAAACAAGUAAUCGCACGGUGACACUUGGUUGCGUAAACGGAGAUAUAAUUACCCAUACAUACGUCAAUGCUGAGAAAUGUGCCUGCAGCAAAGCUAACUGUCAUAGAGAGGACGUGGGCAAGACACUCACUGAAGACAAAAAAUAAAACGCAACUAAGGACUUCCAUGAGCAGCAGCAAAUCAUCCACCCGAAGACAUUAAUUAUUUGUUAAACUUUGGGAAAAAAAUUUUAAUAGCACAUGCUUUGUUUAGCAUUUCUUAAACAUGAUCUAUAGAGCUUUUCUUUUUUCUUUGUUUGAUACACAUGUACUGUUUUGCGUGCUUAAAAUUAGCAAUUAAAAAGGCAUUUUAAAAGUAAA